AUGGGAGACGCAAGUAGUGAUGCACCGGUGGGCCAAUGGGCACGGCGCAAGGAAGCACGACGCAAUAUGUAUGCAACUAGUACUGAGAAGGUUCGUGUACACCGCCGUGGUUUAGGCACAUCACUAGCCUCGAAUUCAAUUGCUAUGUGUCAGAAAUGUUUUCGAUCUGGUCAUUGGACCUAUGAGUGCAAGAAUGAGGCUGUAUAUGUACAACGACCAUCACGUUCUCAACAGCUAAAGAAUCCAGAGCUACGUCAACCCUUUAAUACGGAUAAACCACCAGAAAUGGAAAAGAAAAAGAUACUAGGUAUGGAGAAAGAUAAAAUGCGUCAGGUCAAGGAGAGAGUCAAAGCGAAGAAUAAAUCACGAAAUAAACGUCAUCGCCGUGUCAGCAGCAGCAGCAGUGAUUCAUCUUCAUCUGUCUCGGAUAGUUCCGACUCGAAUUCGUCAAGUUCCUCCUCAGACUCGUCUGAAAGCGAAAGCGAAAGCGAGAGCUUUUUGUCUUCAUCAGGUAGUGACUGCAGCUCGCAAAGGAAGUUGCGCUUAAAGCGUCAACGCAGGGAUUAA